AUGAAAUUCUUAAUUAUUUUCGCUUUGGCUUUGGCCACCUCCUCUGCCUACGAAAUCGAAUCAAGCAAUCUUGCUGUACCAGUUGUAGAGCCCAAUGUCCAAAAUGCUGCUGUCGGCCAAUUCCCCUAUCAAGUUGCUCUAUUCUUGAAACUUAGUGCCACCAAGACUUCCUGGUGUGGUGCUUCUUUGAUCGGCAGAAAAUGGGUAUUGACUACUGCUUACUGUACCGAUGGUGAACAAUCUGUUACUGUGUACUUGGGUGCCACCGUUCGCACAGAGGCUGAAAUUAAAUACACUGUAAGCAACAGCGAUGUCAUCAUCCAUGCCGGCUGGGACAGAAACACCUUUAUGAACGAUAUUUCCUUGAUUAAGAUCCCCGCCACAACUUACACCGUCAAGAUCCAACCCGUUCAAUUGGCCGCCCUUUCCAGCGCUUACUCCACCUAUGACGGUGAUAAGGUUAUUGUCUCCGGUUGGAGUCUUGUUUCCGGCUCUGCUACCGGUGUUACCACCGAUUUGCAAUGGGCUCGCAUGCAAGUCAUCACCAACUCCGUCUGUGCCAGAACUUACGGUUCCGCCAUUACCUCCUCCAACAUUUGCACCUCCACUCCCGGUGGUAUUUCCACCUGCCAAGGUGAUUCCGGCGAUCCAUUGGUUUUGGAAUCCAGCAAGGUUCUAGUUGGUUUGAGCUCUCCGGGUUUUGCUUCUGGCUGUACCAAUGGUUUUUACGCUAAAUUUACACGUGUCAACAGCUACUUAGCAUGGAUCGAGGCCAACACUGGCAUUUCUCACUAAGUACAUAAAGAGAAUAAUUUGAAUUUAUUAAGUUUUAAGGA